AUGAAAAAAAAAAUGGACACAGAAAAUAGGAGCAGAGCAGAUCUUGCUCUCCCAGCCCCACAAGAGCCAUCCAAUGUAUCUGAAAUUGAACUUUCAGAAGCACCUCUGCAUGAUAGCGCCCUGCUAGAGAAGGCUGCCCCAUCCCCACCACCCCGCACAUGGCUGACAAUUUUGAAGAGAGAGCUCGAAUUCCUGGGGGUAACGCAAAUUCUAAUUGGUUUGAUAUGUCUUUGUUUUGGAAUAACUGUCUACUCCGUGCUCAAGAUUUCAGAAUUUGAGAAAGAUAUUUUUUCAUCAUUUAAAGCAGGCUUUCCACUCUGGGGAGCAUUAUUUUUUACGAUUUCCGGAUUUUUGUCGGUGAUGUCUGAAAAGAAAGAUGCAACAUAUCUGGUGCGAGGAAGCCUGGGAGCGAACUUGGUCAGCAGCAUAGCUGCGGGAACAGGGAUCCUUAUCCUGGUCAUCAACCUAAAGAAUAACUUGACUUAUAUCCACGUUUGCCAGGAAGCUUAUACGGAUGACUUCUGCUUAGCGGUUUUUUUCUCCACUGAAGUUGUGGUGAUGAUUCUGUUUCUCACUAUUCUGGGGUUUGGCGUCGCUGUGUUACUCACACUCUACAGAGCUGGAGAAUUACUCAAAGGAGAGCAGGUUCCAGAAGAUCGUCUUUAUGAAGAAUUAAACAUAUAUUCACCAGUUUACAGUGAGUUGGAAGACUGAGAGGAGACAGUUUCUCCCACUGAUUCAUAAGCAUGUUCAGAAUAUUCUCAUUCAUAGCAACUGGUCUGGAAAGCCAAGAUAUUUGUUGAAGGACCUACUGGUAAAAUCUCUGUUCUCUCUAUGAUCUGCCCAUUUUACGUUGUGACUCACUCCAGAUGGCCUCACUGUGUUUCUGUUGUUUCUGUAGACCUAAAUGCUCCCCACCUCCCCAUCUGUACAUAUGAUAGACUCCCAUUUCUCUUGUUUAUUUUUGCUAUUUCACACCCAUCUCUUCUGGGAAGUCAACAUGUAAUAAACACUUACUGUGUGCCUAUAACCGCGCAAAUAGGAAAAACAAGAGGAAGGCUGGUUGAGAGUUGAGUUAAUCUUUAGCAUUUUGGUUUUCAGCCCUUUUUAGAGUUCAUAAAAUCCACAGAUGUGCAUGAUAUAUGUCCCCCUGUUAGACUGUAAGCGCCUUGAGGGCAAAAUCCACUUAGCAAACAUAUCCUGAGAACCAGUUAAGUGUUUGAAGUUUCCCACACUCAUCUCUUUCACAUUAUUUAUCCCAGUAUUUCACAUAUAGUGGGUGUUCAGAGUGUAUUUAUGGAGUGAAUGGGUAUAGAUUUAGGAAGGCUAUCCCACAGGUCAGGCCAGAGGUAGAGUGGAAAAGGAGAAAGAAAUGAUUCUGAAGUGAAUUUGGAAGCGACAAGGAGACCAAAUUUGUAGUUAUAGAGUUAGGAGGAUAGUCAGAUGGAGAUUUGAAUAGACAUUCUGCAAGCACAUAUUAAAUAUUUUGGUGGAUCCAUAUCAGAUUAGUAAUGAUGCUUCCUGCUAAUAUUUUAUCUUAUUAUAUGUAGAAAACAACAUGGUGUGUUAGAAGGGUCACUGAUCUUAUAAAUACAGGGAGUCUGUGUUGGAAUCCCAGGCCUAUUGCUUAUUAGUUGAGUGAAUUGUGGCAAAUCAUUUAACGAUUUAUUUAAUCUGGGUUUCCUCAUCUGUAAAAUUAAAAUAGUAGGAAUAAUUUACCUGCCAGCAAUAAAGGUCUGUUGUGCAAACACACACACACACACACACACACACACACACACACAAUGCUCUACAAAAGAUCAUUAUAUAAAUUAUUUAUGUAAUUUCCAAAUUACAUAAACCUCCAAAUCUUAGUAAUUUCCA